AACGUAAGAGAGCGUGUUUGGUACUUACCACAGAAGAGAAAGAGAGUCAACGAAGAACUAUAGGGUCUUUUUCGGUACUACCACGAAAUGAUUACAGGUCAAAGAUUGAGUUUUGAUUUCACCGCAUGCAGUGGUUCGUUAAACAAAUCGGUGGUGGCAUUGAUGGAGGAGAGUUCAUUACUGUUGUUGAAUUGGUGGAAGAGAUUCACAUGAAGGUCAAGGAGAAUGAGAAUGUGGGUUUGACUUUGGCCGCCGUGAAGAGUGCGGUGGUAUGUGUUGGACACAGAGUAAUGUAUGGAUUUCCAAAUGUUGAUGCUGAUGUGUUGGAGGAUCAUACUCAGGCUUGUCUCUGGUGUUGGGAGACCAGAGAUGUGAAGUUGCUUCCGAAUUCUGUGCGUGGGGCAUUGAAAAUUCGGCGGAUGUGUAGGAGGAAGAUUCAUGAGAGGAUUACUGCUGUUUCUGGUAAAUUUUUCUGGAUAAGAUGGAAACAUGGAGACAUUUUCUUUUAA